AAGUGAGUAUUUGAUAAUCAUAAGAAAUAUAUGGCAAAAAUCGUACCUAUAAGCCAGCAUUGAAAUGUGUGCGAAGGUAAUGGAAGCUCGGAGAUCGAUUCAGAUUUGAAGUAAAUUCCAAGGCGCGCAAUACUAAAUACUUUGGAAUUUACUCACUUUGAAUUGAUCACGGCUAGAGUCGAAAAAUAAGAAUUGUGUCUGGCAGCAUGCAGCGAGUGCUUUGCCUUGGUGCCCAGCGAGCGGUGUGCUCCCUGCCUCAAGCACAGCCUCACUAGGGCAACAAGGCGACGUUGGGUGUGGCCAGAAGCGGAAUGAUGGCUGCUUUAGCCUCAGCAGCCACCACCGCUGUGGCAGUGCCAGCAACAGCAACGGCAGCAGCAACAAGCACGGGCGCAGCAAUUGCUAAGGCCACAACAACAACAACUACGUUGGCUAGCAAGUUGCUCGGUCAUUUCCACAACCGGACGACGGACGCGCAUGUGAAGAGCGUUGCGGAGACGGGGCUUGGGCCCCGGAUCGUGGACGCAAAUGGAGACGGUGGCAGAGAGGGCGACGGGGAUGGAGGUGACGGCAUGGGCAUCGGAAGCUCCUCGACGCCCACCAACUACCUGUCCCUGUACGACGAUGUGGCGAGCGCAUUGGACGAGACGCAAGCGGCCGAAGAAGCUGGCUAUGCGUUAAUUGAUGACAUCAGCGAAUGGCUGCUGGGCGCAGCCGGCGGCAACAACCUUAGCCUGAGCAGCGAGGCGACGCCCCGAAGCCUCGGUGCCAACAGUGCCAGUGCCAGUGACUUUAAUGAGACCCUAAGGUGGCUGACACUGGACGUGGGUGAGGUUCAAAACAGCACGUUGCCCAGCAGCAGCAGCAGCAGCAGCAGCAGCAACAACAGCAGCAGCAGCAGCAGCAGCAACGACUUGGAUGGAGAUGGCGGCGGGCUCUAUGCACUGCGCAACUUUGUGGAGCAACAGCUGAAUGGAGACUCGGCACAGGAUGCGCAGGACAUAGCGCUCAUUGAUAGCGCGGAGGAGAGUGCACUCGAGAGUGUCGCCGACGGGGACGCGGACUAUGGCGUUCUCGGCGGCUUCAAUGGAGCCCCCCUCGAGGCGGAUGUGGAUGCCACCAGCGAACUCCUGCAGCGCACAGCGGCGACGAUAACAAAUCGGACGACAGUCGGCGCCAGUUAUGAUGCGAACGCCGUCUGGCUGAGUGGUGCAGGAGCACACGCCGCCAGUGCGGGUGCUGGUUCCGCAGGUGCUGGCGGCGUCGGUGGUCGUGGUGCCGUUGCCGGUGGCGGUGCUGGCACGGGUGGCAGCUCGUUUAUGCUGCUGCUAGAGAAUUUUAACGAUUAUUUUCCCAACUAUAACGGCAGCACGGUUUCGGGCACAACAGUCAGCACGACAACGGCCAGCAGCGUUCUCCUCGAUCAGAACGCGACGAGCAUCUACUUUGAAACCUAUCGAACUAAUUGCACGAAUUCAACGCUAAAUCUAACAACGGAAUCCUGUCAUGAACUGCGAAUUGUGGACCACAACUACUGGGCGCUCAUCUUGAUACUGUUCCCGAUCCUAACGCUCUUCGGCAACAUUCUCGUCAUCCUCUCCGUCUGUCGCGAGCGGUCGCUGCAAACGGUUACGAAUUAUUUUAUAGUCUCAUUAGCCAUAGCCGAUCUGCUGGUGGCCGUAGUCGUAAUGCCAUUUGCUGUUUAUUUUUUGGUGAAUGGUGCAUGGGCAUUGCCUAAUGUUGUUUGUGAUUUCUAUAUAGCCAUGGAUGUGAUAUGCUCUACUUCAUCGAUAUUUAAUUUAGUCGCCAUCUCAAUAGACAGAUACAUCGCUGUGACGCAGCCAAUAAAGUAUGCGAAGCACAAAAAUAGUCGCCGAGUUUGCCUUACGAUACUAUUGGUGUGGGCGAUAUCGGCUGCUAUUGGAUCGCCGAUAGUACUGGGAUUGAACAACACGCCCAAUCGGGAGCCGGAUGUGUGCGCCUUCUACAAUGCUGACUUCAUACUGUACUCAUCGCUAAGCAGCUUCUAUAUACCAUGCAUCAUCAUGGUAUUCCUCUACUGGAACAUAUUCAAGGCGCUGCGCAGCCGUGCUCGGAAACAACGUGCUGCCCGCAAGCCGCAUCUGUCGGAGCUGACGGGCGGCAGUGUCAUCGAGAAUAUUGCACAGACACGCCGCCUGGCCGAGACGGCAUUGGAUAGCAGCCGGCACGCCAGCCGCAUCAUGCCCGACGAGCCGGCAACGAACACGGCCAGCGGCUCGAACGAGGAGGAGGAUGAGAAUGCCAUAUCGCCCGAUAUCGAUGACUGCCACGUCAUUGUGAACGAUAAGUCGACUGAGUUUAUGCUGGCCACAGUCGUCGAGGAAACCGGCAACAGCGUCGUGGCACAGAUCACCACACAGCCGCAGCUGGUUGUUGCUGAUCCGAAUGGUAAUCAUGAUUCUGGUUAUGCAGCAUCAAACGUUGACGAUGUCCUUGCAGGAGUGAGCGUUGGCGCCGCCGUUAGCAGCACAACGCCGCCGGACAGUCCGGUGCCCAGCGGCGCCACCUUGCAGCGCUCCAGUGUCAGCAGCCGGCGCAACACAGCCGAGGACUCGCCCAAGCGCGGCGAGCCAGCCCUCAGCAGCAGCGUCGCCAUGAAGCCAUUGUCCUUUGUGCGCUACGGCGCGCAGGAGGCCAUGACUUUGGCACGCAACGACUCAACGCUAUCGACCACAUCGAAGACGUCCUCGCGCAAGGAUAAGAAAAACUCGCAGGCGUCAAGAUUCACAAUAUACAAGGUUCACAAGGCCUCGAAAAAGAAACGCGAAAAAUCGUCGGCGAAAAAGGAACGCAAGGCCACCAAAACAUUGGCCAUCGUUUUGGGCGUCUUUCUCUUCUGCUGGCUGCCAUUCUUCACGUGCAACAUCAUGGAUGCCAUGUGCGCCAAAUUCAAUGAAGACUGCCGGCCGGGUCUGACGGCCUUUAUGCUGACGACUUGGCUGGGCUAUAUCAACAGCUUUGUCAAUCCGGUUAUCUAUACGAUAUUCAAUCCAGAAUUUCGCAAAGCAUUCAAAAAGAUCAUGCACAUGGGGUGAUUAUUAACAACACCUACUACAACAACAACAACAAUUGCAAUAACAACACCUACUACAACCACAACAACAACAACAACAACAGUUGACAGGAAACAACAAGCAAGGCAAUUAGAUGAAGCUUUGUUUUCUUUGUACGUACCCGAAAAUCGAUUACCGACAAUCGUCAAUCGGGAGUCGAUUGAUUCGAUAACUCAAAACUCGAAACUGUGCCAAAAGCAACCAAAUGAAAUUGAACUCAAAGCUCGAAACUCAAUUAGACUCGUAAGAUUGUUAAUAGUCUCAACUAAAUAAGCAUAUAGCAUAAAAUAUAUAUAUAUAUACAUAUAUAUACUUGUAUAUACAAAUAUAUAUACAGUAUAUAGCCGUUAUGUAUAUAGCUCUGUAAAUAGCGUCUAAAAUUUGAUCAAAUCUGUUAUAUGUCUUAUAUGUAUUCUAUUGUAGUUAUAUGUUAAGUACUCUGAGCUGUAGGCUAGGCACAAAUUUUAAACAUUUAGCUAAUGUCUAACAUAAACUUGUGGUUAAUUUCAGCAUAUAAUAUAUAUAUAUAUAUAUAUAUAUCGAU